GGUGCUGCUUUCGGUUGCUAAGGUGACGAGGAGGGCAGGUAAAUUCGUCUUCAUCAUCAUCAUCAUCAUCAUCAGCGAGGUGAGGUGAACAAGAUGUUGAUGAUGACUGUGUCACAGUGAGGUUGGAAGGGUCUGUCUGGCCGGUUGAGGUGCGGAGGGGACUCCACAUACCUCGCCAGGAGUCUGACGGCCUGACAAACACCCAAUCCCCCCCUCUCCUCCUCCCUUCCUCCUUGGCAUCUGCAAGUCGCCAUGGUGACGCUCAUUACAGAGCAACUCCGCAAACAGAAUCUGGAGGAGCCCCCUUACCACAGGUCUUUCUCUCUCAACGUGUCAUUGCCUGAAGUGGGUUCCAGCCCCACUAUGUGUUGGAGCGGGUAUGGGUUGACUCCAGAGAGCAGUUGGUCUAUGUUCCCAUCCUCCAAGACCCACCUGCAGGAUGCCUCCUCUGUCCUGUCAUCCCUGGACCCACUCGGGACGCCUUUCCCUCUCCCCAGCACCUCUGUGACAGACCUGUCCCUGCAGAGCUCCCCGCCGCCGCCCCCUCCUCCUCCCAAACGCCACUGCCGCUCCCUGUCUGUCCCCGAAGACCUGUCCCACUGCCGCACCCCCUGGCGCCCCAGCGCCUCCAAGAUCUGGACCCCAGUCAAGCGCCGCUGCCACAGUGGAGGGGGUGUGGCCAGCAUGGGGGUUGGCUCCUUGGUGGGUUCCGUACCCCUCCGAGGCCCCAGCUCCUCCCUCACCUCCUCCCUGCACUCCUCCUCCAGCCCCACCUUCUUCAGCCUGGCCAUGUCCCCUGACUCCCCUCUCCCCUGGGGCUGUCCCUGGGACCACUAUGACCCGCCCAGGGGGGGUUGCACCGGCUUCUUCCCCGCCCCCUCCUCCUGCUCCUCCUCCCCGGCCUCACUGGGUUCCUGUCGGCCCUUGCAGCAACGCCGCUUCUCCCUGUCCCCUGUGCACAUCCUGCCUCCCCGGCCCUCCCCCUCCCCCUCUCCUGCUCCAGGUCUAUCCCCUCGCUACCCUGGGAUGGAGCCCCCGGCCCCCUCUCCCUCCUCAGCCUGCAGUUCCCCGUCGUCCUCGAGGCGCGACCUGCCCCCCUGUCUCCCACGCUGCCACUCUCAGCCCUGUGACCUGCGUAAGCCCGGCCUGAAGAGACGCCAUGACCCGGACACUCUGCCCUACUACAUCAGGCCUGGCCUGGACUUCAGCAAGAUGACUCCGAUUCGCAGUGGGGAGCCCCUGGUGUGUGGAGCGGCUGUCUAUAUGUGUCUAGAGCCUGUUCCAGGGGACUUCAGAGGAGCCUUCUCCCCUGCAGACCUGGGAAGAACCAGCAUUGGACCACUGAGUGAAAGUGAGGAAGAGGAGAACACAAAUAUGGGUGUGCUAGAGGCCGGACAGCAGAGUGUGUUUGAGAGAGACUGCACAGAACUGGACUUGAACCUCAUUGAGGAGAAUUGAAAGAGUUCCCUGGUGCUCUGUGUGUGAUUGACUGCAUUCAUCAUCAUCAUAUUACCCCCCCCCCACUCAAAGGGGCCACAUUAGGAGCCCUUCAUAUCACUGGCUGACUAGAUUAAUAAGGAUCAAUAUUAGCAUUAGUGUAAUGCUAGAGCAACUUCAACAAGCUCACUUUAUUCAGCAUUUCAGGACAAUUCUGUCGUUCUGCCUGUCCAUACUCUGUGGGUAAAUGUAUAUACCCAGAAACAUAAUGGAGAUGGAUAAGACAUGAUGCAUUCUGAAGGUACAUUAUGUAAUAAUGGAGAUGGCUAAGACAUGAUGCAUUCUGAAGGUACAUAACGUAAUAGACGCUUUCUAAUAAUCAGGGUAGUGGCGUGCUACCAUUACGACAACUAUAAAAAUGAUGAUGCAGGUUGCUUGCGAUGGACACUCCUGUCGGCAGGAUACAUUCCAGAACGUAUGGCCAGUUGAGUUGCCGAAGGCCCCCUGAAAAGCUUUCACACACGUCUGCUUUCAUGGGUGUAGGCUUAAUGCGCUCUCUGACGCAGUUGAUUUGGCCCAGUGGAAUACCCACACACCUGUAAAGGGAAUCAAGGAGGGUACCCAUGUGCUUUCCUCAUAGCUGGUAAAUUGAUAUUUUACUGCUUCUGUUUCCCUUGCUUCUUAGACAAUGCAUUAAUUUGUUUUCCACCAUUGGAUGAAUUCAAUAUUGUACAUUAAUCAUGCCUUAAGCGGAGUGUAAAAAAAGAGGUGUUUCUGCUCUACUGGUUUUUGUGCAUAACAUCCAGAUGUUUUCUUCUUGGUCUCUCAUAGAAAUGGAACCUAGAUACUACAUUAUAUUUCUAUAGUCUGUCCAUUCUGAUUCAGUUUCCUACUAAUGAACAGAUCACACUUGCACUGUAAUAGGAUUUGAAUAAUUGACUGGACGCUGCAGUUGGAUCCUAUAGGGCACUAUGUAAUGUACUGUACAGUGGUCACAUGUGGAAACCAUUUUGUGUGAGUGUGUGACUGCGUUUAGACAGGCAGCCCAAU